CCCCCGUUCUCACUCUCCCUCUCUCGCACACAACACUCACUCAAACACGUCGGUCACUCUAUAAUCUCUCCAUUCUUCCCCUUUAUAAAUCUACCUCAAAUGGUGACCCUUAACGGUGGCCGCAGACAACCGGACGACGCGGACCAUCAGACGGGACCCCUGUCUUCCGCACCAACUUCUCAAAGGCGGGCCCUGAAGCUAUACCUGGUGGUUGCUUGUCUCGCCCUUCAGUGUGUCCUCGUUCACGCACAACCCACGACACAGCGCAACGACGAUGUUUUUGCUGACCACCACCACAAACUGGAGAGUAGCCCUGCAAAGGAAUGCCAGUUCCCGCAUAUUGUGCUUCUUCGCUUCCAUGGUCGAGAGAUCCUCCAGUGCGCAGGGAGCUUGAUUGACAGCAGACAUGUCAUCACGGCAGCUCACUGCCUAAGUCAGGGGCCGAGUGAAAUUUCAGCAUAUUUUGGUUCCGUCGUCACCACCCAGAUGCCAAUUAAGAUUUCCGUGGAGAAUUACACGAUGCACGGAGAUUUCCUUCAAAGUAAAAAGUAUCUCUUGAACGAUGUUGCCAUACUGAGGCUGAGCGAAGCAGUGAACACCAGCGACUGCAUAAAACCGAUAUCCCUGGCAACGUCUCACCAAUAUUACGAAGGAAGCUGCGUCGUGGCUGGAUGGGGAGUGAAGACCUAUGAUGGUCCUCUCUCAACAAGACUCCAUUACACUUCGCUCCCAAUAAUUCCCCUGAAACAUUGCCAGGCUCUGAGUCCAUAUCUACAGGAUCAGCACCUUUGCGCAGGAGAAUUAGGCCCCGACGGAAGGACCACCUGUAAGGGAGAUUCCGGAAGUCCCUUAAUGUGUCUCGAUGCCCACAAAAAGGAAAGAAUUCUGGCUGGCAUCGUGUCCUAUGGCUGGAAGUGUAAGACUGGUCUCUCCGUUUAUGCCAGGGUCUCUUUCUUUCAUCAGUGGAUUUUGAAACACAUAUUGUAAGCAAUUAGCACCUGCUACAGGUGAUUAAACGAAAUAAUAAAAAUUAAUAAGAUGUUGUAAA